AUGGGUGACAAUAAGUUAGUAGCAAGUCCAAAUGAUUCAAAUUCAAAAGAGCAGUUGAUUGCUGUGCUUCCUAAUAAUGCUCUAGAUCAGUGGAGUGGAGACAUUAUGUAUCUAUACAAGCAAAAUGAGAAGUUUUUGAACUUCAGUUUUUACAGCAAGACUGAUGGCAGCCGAGAUACUUGCUCUUUUGAAUCUGCACAGUUCCCUGGAUGGUUCCUAAGUACUUCUUCUGAAGCACAUCAACCUAUUGGUUUGAGUCAAAAAGGAGGUCCUGAAAACAUCCUGUUUCAUUUUCAAAGAAUAUACUGA